UUCUUCCUCUCUCUCUCUCUCAGAUUAGAAACCCAAACAUGGCAAGCACCUCACUGCUACUCUUCGGCUUCAUCUUCCUCUGUUCAAUCCUGGCCGCCCAUUCCACUCUCGCCGCCGCUUCCACUUCCGCCGUCGAUUUCAGCUGGGGCUCCUCCGGCGGAGGGCUGAUAGGUGAUUUGGAUGAGGAGCUGGAGCUGCAGAUGGACUCCGAGAUCAACCGGCGCAUCUUAGCCACCUCCAGGUACAUUAGCUACGGUGCGCUGAGGAGGAACACUGUCCCCUGCUCGCGACGCGGCGCCUCGUACUACAAUUGCCGUCCCGGAGCUCAGGCCAACCCCUACUCGCGCGGCUGUAGCCGCAUCACUCGCUGCAGGCACUAAUUUUUAUUGUUUUAAUUUGUUUUUAAUCCUUUUCUUUUUUUUUUUCAAAUUGUUGCUGAAAAUUUAUAUAUUUAUGGGUCUUGAUGGGAAAUUUGUGUGUUAUAUACUUGAAGAGAUUUGAAUAAGGAUAGAAAUUGUUGAUGGUAUAUUGUAAUGUUUGUCAUACCAGUUCAUCACUCUUAUUAUUAUUAUUAUUAUUAUUAUUAUUUUUUAA